AUGAGUAUCGAAAUACCAGAUGAACUGCCGUUGCUAUUAAGAAAUUUUACGCUGUCUGUUUUGCGUAGUAAACCACAAGAUAUAAUUGCGCAUGCUGUCACAUAUUUUACACAAUUACAACAACAACGGCCGAGUGUAACCACUCAAACAUCUAAUACUCUUGCUCAACCAAUUACUUCAACUCCGACACCAGAACUAUCGACAAAUUUAUCAUCAAACAUCGAAACAAGAUUAGCAAACAGUCAACAUUCAAUAAGCGACAACAAUAAUGCAAUAACAGAUGACAACGAUUGGUCAUGUGAACAUCGUUCUAAAAAAAUGAAUCAAACUGUUGAUAACAAACAACAAAAUACUCUGGUAAAUUCUUCAUCAUCAUCGUCUUCGUCAACAUCAGUUGAAGAUGAGGAAAAACAGGAACAAAGCAGUGAUAAUGAUGAAGCGCAAGAUAAAAUUGAUGAGGAAUUUUUACGAAAACGGUAUGUGAAUAAAAAUGAAUAUCGUCGUGUAUCGGUUGCUGCCGAAAAGUAUAAUCCUGAAGAGGAUAAUGACAGUGAUACGGAAAAUACAUUUUAUCCAAAAACUAAUGAACAACGAAAACGUUUAAAAGACGCUGUUAUACAUAGUCUAUUAUUUCGAACAUUAGAAUCGUCACAAAUUGAUCAAAUAUUAAAUGCUAUGUACGAGAAAGAAGUAACACGUGGCGAAGUAAUUAUCAAACAGGGAGAUGAUGGUGAUAAUUUUUAUGUUAUUGAUAAAGGUACAUUUGAUAUUUAUGUUAGUAAACAACUCGAUCAAACACCAGUUAAAGUAGGUGAAUAUGAUAAUAAAGGUUCAUUUGGGGAAUUGGCAUUGAUGUAUAAUCAACCGAGAAGUGCUACGAUCAUAGCAGCAACAAACGGUAUCCUAUGGGUAAUGAAACGUCAGACAUUUCGUAAAUUAGUCUUGAAAUAUGCUUUUCGUAAACGUCAACUAUAUGAAAACUUUUUAAAAGAAGUUGAAAUAUUAAAAUUGAUGAAUGAAUACGAACGAUCAAAUGUGGCAGAUGCUCUUAUACCAAUUGUCUAUGAACAAAAUGAUUUGAUUAUAAAACAAGGUGAUUAUGGUGAUAGAAUGUUCUUUAUUGAAAAUGGAGAAUGUGAUGUUAUCAUGAAUAAACAUGUCCAUAAAACCUUGAGCAAAGGUGAUUAUUUCGGUGAGUUAGCCCUUGUUAAUAAUGAACCUCGUUCUGCUACCGUUAAAGCUAGAACAAAAGCGAAAUUAGCCUAUUUAGAAGUUGAAUCAUUUGAACGACUUAUGGGACCAUGUAUGGAUUUAAUUUGUAGAAAUAUGUCCAAAUAUACCAAAUGA